CCCACGUGUCGUGCCCAGAUGAUCAGUUAGUGACCGCAAUAUCACAAAAGUAUUUCCGAACAAAAUUAUCAUAAAGCGUUCAUCGUCAUUUCUGCACAAUCAAUAACAAAUUUCCGAAGAUUAUCGAUAUCUGCGAAAAGCCUCGUGUCGUGAUAUCGGUGAGACCGGAGCGCGCGUGAAUUUUGAGGUUAUGAAUGAUCAUUGUUGAGUUACGAUCAUCACGAUCUCUCAAAGUGAAAUAGUGAAUAGUGAGAACAAGUGAAUGAUCCGCGAAAAUGGCUCUGUUUCGGUUUCGACCCCUUCGUUUAUUCCUCGCGCGGUUCUCGACCAUGGAAGUACCCCCGGAGGUGGCGGUCAAGCGGAAGCUCCCGUCGCAGACGAGGAAUCACCCGGACUUGCUCCUGAUGAAGUGCCUGGAGAGUAACAACAAACUGGACAAAGAUAUGUGGGAGAGGAUUCGGGAGGAGAUGCUGACCACGAAGACGCUCCACGUGAAUCCUGUGAACAUUGACGCAGUUAUUUUGGACACUUGCAGCGCCCUGGAUUACCACGCGACCGCCCUGGACUACUGCGAUUACCUGAAGUCACAGGAUUACAAAUUCAAUUUGGCUACGACAGCGAAAUACUUUAAGCUGCUGACAAGUAGAGAGGAGCCGAUGAGUGAAAAGGAGAAGGAGGACGUGAUUCAGCUGUACGAGGCAAUCAGGAAGGACUAUCCCCUGUUGGACGUAAUGACAGCGGAGGCAUGUAUCACGGGCCUCUCGAAGACGAAUAAGUGGAAGGAGUCCCUGGAGCUGCUGAAGAUGAUCGAGGAGUCUGCGAAACCCACCGGGGAGGCCUUAAGAGCCAUCGUCUGCGCGGCUUUCGAGAAUAAUGAGCCUGAUCUUGCCUGGAAGUUGGUCAACAGAAUUGGGCCGGCUAUACCCCCCAAGAGGAGCGUUUACAGAAGCUUUUUGGAGUAUGCUACGAGGGUGUCGAGGAGUGCUGAGGAACUUGAGGGCCAUAUGGGGACAUUGUUCGAGACACUCGCUCGGUGGGACUUCUACCCCUGGUUGGAGGUGCUUGAGGAGAUUGGCGGGGCUUUCGGGAAGUAUGGGUGGACUGGACAGCAGACCUCGAUCAGUACGAACGGGGUAUGCGCAAGCUGCGGUCAUACGCUGUCACAACUGGAGGUGAAUAAAGAAGAUUUCGAGCAUUUAUCAAACUCUUUCAUCUCUAGAGCCAUUAUUGGCAAGGAUGUUUAUGAUAAAACUAAUCCGAUGGAACUCGCAAGGUUUAAAGAAUUCAUUGAAAAGGCUCAGCCUUAUGAUGUUGUCAUUGAUGGCCUCAAUGUGGAGUACACCCUCUGGAAUAAUCAUACGUGGUUGGGCUCGGGAGAGAAGUUGGCACAGGUAGUGAGACUCUUCAAGGAACAGGGAAAGAAGAUUGUUGUGCUGGGUCGAAAACACAUGUUGAAGUGGAAACCUGAAUACAUGAAGGAUAUCCAGAAUAAUGCGCGUUUAUUUGUUGCCCACAAUACUUCUGAGGACGACCCAUACCUGCUUUAUGCAGCCCUGAGUGGUGGCUUGAAGACGUACCUAGUCUCCAACGAUCUGAUGCGACAGCACAAGUUCAUUCUGUCAGAUCGCGCCCUACAAAAAACCUUCAAAUUCUGGCUCCUGACUCAUCAGAUUCAUCCCACGAUAAAUGGUUACACGAGGAAUAAGACUAUAUUCUUGGUUUACCCGCCUACUUAUCUCCCUGUUGCGCAGAAGGACGACAAUGGAUGGCAUAUUCCCUGCAUGGACAACCAUUUACCCGCACAGUCUGAGGCUUAUGACCUCUCCCAGCCGUGGUACUGCCUCAGGAAGCGUAAAGUGGUGGUGAAGAAGGAGCCGAAAGUUGAGCCAUUGAGAACUUAUGCCAAGAGAUAAAUAAAUCAUUGUUACUAGAGUUGUGUA